AUGGAGCAGAACACCGGGUUUGUCGACUUGCUGGAGGACAGACGGAGGGAUUGUGAUUUUUUGUGGGCGACACGUUCCAUGGAUCCGUCCUUACCGCACAUGUUGCCACCGGAGUCGGUCUACGACAGGCAGAAGAUCAUACAAGCUGUUUUGCACGACGAGCAAGUCAGACUUGCAAUCGACACGCUAGCGAGGACGACUGGUGUCAGAGUUAAGGAUGUUGAGAAUAAUGCUAGUGCUAUGAUAAACGAGAUGGCCAGUAAAGCGGAUUUGACGACGGUUCGCUGGCUAGGUAUCUUUAUCACGAAAGCCAUGAAGAGGAUGUUCUCGAAAAUUUAUAUAAACGAGACCAUGCUCUCUGACUUGAAGAGGAAAACGCGAAUAUCUCAAGUACAGUACAUCUACGUGCCGUCACACAGAAGUUACUUGGACUUUAUUCUCCUGUCGUACAUUCUCUUUUCCUACGACAUGGCGCUGCCGAAUAUCGCGGCCGGCAUGGAUUUUUAUAACAUGAGGAUAGUGGGAGAACUGCUGCGAAAAACCGGAGCGUUUUACAUACGGCGUAGUUUCUCCAAUGACAUAUUGUACAAGCAAAUUUUCCGCUCGUAUAUCAACACUAUCGUCAGCCACAGCGAUAGGGCAAUUGAAUUUUUUGUCGAGGGUACGCGAAGCCGUAGUCAGAAGAGCACAAUGCCGAAAUACGGUCUUCUGUCCAUCAUCGUAGAAAGUUUGCUUCAAGGCGACGUACCUGACAUACAUUUUGUACCCAUGAGUAUUAAUUACGAACGACCGCCGGAGGAAUUGUUAUUCGUUUACGAAAUGCUCGGGGUACCGAAGCCGAAAGAAAGUACGGCCGGAUUGUUCCGGUCGCUCUCCAUUCUGCAAAAACCCUUCUCUCACGGACGUAUUUUCUUUAAUAUCGGGGAACCGAUAUCCACCAGUCGAUUCGUGGACAAGGCAUACCGCCAAAGGAAAAUUCUACAGCCUUCCUUCAAAAUUCCAUCGUCUGUUGUGGAGAACAUAGCUUAUCUUAUAAUAGAAUCGCACAAGAAGAAUACUGUACUUAUGCCGAUCAAUAUCAUAGCCUUGCUUCUCAAUGAGAGAAUCCAGACGAAACCAAAGGAGCCGUAUACGCUUGAUUCAUUGGUCAAAGAUUAUCAGUGGUUUAAAAGCUUUGUUACUAGAUCACUAAAAGCUUUAAUAUAUGAAACUGAAACUACCGAUAACUAUAGGACCAAACAGGAAAUAUUGGAAUCCUUAAAACCGCAUGACGAGUUCAUAGUGCUUGAUUCAUCGAACACGUUAAAGAUCAAACAAAGGCAUAAAGGAGCGAAACAAAUAAAUCAUUCAAAUAUCAAGGGACAUCCUUUGUCUGAACGGACUCUGCAAAUAGCGGUAUCUGCUAUUAACAUUGCAAUUUAUAUCAAUCCGACCUUGGCUUUUCUGGCGGAAACGGCUUUCAUUACUGCAACUGUAGGAGAGAAUGGCACCCAAACUGAAGUAGCUUUGGAACGAUAUGAACUAUUAAGAAGACUACUCAGCACAGAGUUUGUGAUGCGUCCGAUUGAAGACAGAGCUUUAAUCAAAACAGAGUGGGAAGAGUCGUUGAAUAUAUUGCUAUCACAGAACUGCUUGUAUACAGCGAAUGACUUAAUUUUUAUAGGAAAUAACACUAAAUUAUUUUCUAUCUUGCAUAAUGUUAUAUUACCUUUCAUAGACGUUAUAUAUGUGAUGUGUAUCUUAUUGUCUGAGUGGACUGAAAGAACGUCGGCCGAACUCACGGAUCGAACGAUUCUCGUCGAAAUGCAGAAAGAAGUGGAAAGAUUAAUAUUCGAGACUAAAGAUUGGUGUCAACAUCCCUACUGUUUAUCUCUUGAUUUGUAUAACACAACAUGGUCUAGUUUAUUAUCGCAAGAUAUCAUCGCAUAUCAUAAACAUACCAGUACGUACCGAACGGAUAAAGCAAAAUUGGCGCAUCUCAUCGGUGCAUUGCGCGAAUUACCGUUACAACGUCCCGCGGAAAGCUACGUCGGCGCGUUGCCUUCAAUUAUUUCAACAUCAUCGAUAGAUGUACCGGCUAAGUUGUAACAGCCGUUUACCGUGAAAUAAUGAAUUCUGUACGUCAAGACUAACAGUAUGAAAAAUGGCGCUAAUUAAUAACAAUUAAUCGAUUUUAAUUGUGAGAUAUAUACGUUGGUAUGUUGCUGGUACAUUUCGCUUUAAUUUCAGCUACAGAUAUAUAGGAUACGCCGUUAAUAGAAAGUAUAAUCGAGAAAGGAUUAAUCUUAUGUGAAGAAAGCUAGAGAUAAAAAAAAAAUAUCCUAGUAAGAUUUUUUCAUACAAGGCUUUGUUCUUACAGAAGUAGAUGAAAAUCGGGGAAUUAUUAUUAUAGUCGGAUAAGUUUCAAUUUUUUUCUAUAGGCACACACAUAAA